AUGUAUCAAAAUAUCUUGGUCACUCAUGUGCCCAUCUAUCGCGCCGUGUUUGAACAUAUACAGGACUUCCCUGAUCAGCCGUUCUUUUUCCAUUGUACAUUACAGCUGGAAAAGAUAGGACUGGGCGUCUUAUCUGCGCUUAUCCUUCGUACUGCCGGAUAUUCGCCAGAUACGAUCGUGCACGAUUAUGUACAUGUACUUGCUCGAGUUGGGUUCGAGCCUAUUCGAGAAUCUCUAUACAAUGAGCUUAUUGGCAAGAAAGAUCGCGAUGAGGUGACAACUAGGAGCAUUCUAGCUGCUGGGGGAAUAUCGUACAAAGCGAUGGUGCAAUUCCUAGGAUUCAUGGAGAAAGAAUUUGAGAAUUGGGGCGGAGGGGUCUUCGGAGCAAGUUGGGGUUUUCAAGUACGGAUAUUGAUACGUUCGUGUGAACUUGAGGGGUUAGGGGAAUCGAAUUCUCGCUCCAAAAAAGCUCCGAGCAGCCUAUUGCUAUGCUCUGAUAUACAGGUGGAAUGUGUAUGGAGAUGCAUCCUGUAUUGA